UCCAAAUUCAUCUCCCCAACAUCUCCCGAGAAUCAUAUACACAGACAGUGUCGCUAGCGCUCACCCAUAGAAAAACUCGAUAUAUGGAAUUUCGGAUCCAAAGUCUGAAAUUUUUACUCGGUGCUUCAGAGUGAAUUUCUGCAAAGGUCGGCCGACGACGCACAUCGGGGGACAUUUCCCGACUGGCAGGAGUUAAAAAGCCAAUGAAAAGCUCGAGCAGGACGGGUAGCGUUUGGCAAAGCGAGACACUAUGGUCGCCGCUCAGAUCUCCACCACCGACGUUCCUGACAGUUCGGGCUGGUCUGCGUCCUUGUACAACAAGAACGCAAGCUUCGUCUAUUCCGCUGCCUUUACAACUCCUAUUCUUAAACUCCUCGACGCUAAACCAGGAGAAAAAAUUGUUGAUUUUGGAUGUGGCAGCGGAGAGCUCACUCUCGAGCUCGAAAAGAUCGUUGGAGCAAAGUCGGGAUCUGGGGGUUUGGUUGUUGGUGUGGAUAAUAGCGAGAGCAUGAUAAGAACAGCGAAGGAGAACGGACUCAAUAGCUGCUUCGUUGCGGAUAUUCAACAGAGUUUGGAAUUCCCAAAAGUCAUGGCGGUUCCAAGGAACAAUUACGAUGCCGUAUUCACGAACGCCGCAUUGCAUUGGUGCAAAAAGGAUCCGGUAGGGGUUAUACGGAGCGUAAAGACUCUCUUGAAGCCAGGGGGAAGAUUUGUCGGAGAAUUAGGAGGUUUCAUGAACUGCGUCGGAGUAAGGUCUGCCCUCCAUGUUGUUCUAAAACGACGAGGGCACGACUCGACAACUGUGGACCCUUGGUUCUUUCCCUCUCCAGAACAUUACUCAAAGCUUUUAAUCGAACAAGGCUUUUAAGUCGAACACAUUUCCCUGACUCCAAGGCUGACCCCGCUGCCUGCAGGAAUGAAGGGCUGGUUGGAUGUAUUUGCUCGAAGCUCGUGGCUUCAGGGAGUCGCGGAAAGCGAGGCGAACGAUAUCAUCAAUGAAGUCGAAGACAUGUGUAGAGUUGACUGUCAGGAUGGAGAGGGAAAUUGGUCUAUGAUGUAUGUCCGGUUGAGGUUUGUGGCCGUUAUGAACUUGCCCGAGUAGUUGAAGAAUGGCAAUGAUCUGUUCUAUCGCUCAUUGCAGUUGUAUUCAAUUGAACUUAUUUCCUUUGUCUUGCCAGCGCGCUGCCGUGACGGGGCCUGCCCUAAAGUAUCACGCCGACGGUUAUCCGAAUCGGAAUUUUCACACAAACCACACAAGUCUCGACGCUAUGCCCAAC